AUGAAUAAAACUACAAACCAUCUGCUUGCUUCAAACCGCAGACUAGAACUGUGUCAGUUCAAAACGCGUCCGCGUACUCGAAGUGAACGCGACUGGUCAGCUCCAACCAUGACCAAGGAUUGGCUCGCUGUACACGGUCUACGUGCAAUGCACGUAACUGCUGACGACUUGAAACACGUUUUAAGGGAAUGUGAAUCCCUUAAAACGGCCAAUCUCCAGACAAUGAUAUCUGCACUCUACGAGUUUGAAGACCGAAUUCACAAUUUACUACUGAAAGUUAAUCGUCGUAUGCAAUGGAUGCUGCAAGGCAGCAGACGUGUGUUUGGCGUGCAAGGGGCCAGACGCCUCGGUUUGCUAAUUGACGCCUCCGACAAGCUCCUCUGCUCCCAUCUAUCUGGACACCUACGAAGGUGCCUCAUUCAGCUGCUCAAGGAUCAGAUUGCCCCUCACACAGAGGUGUUUUACGUGGCAACGUACGGAUCCACCGUGACGCCUCUGUGGGAGAAACCACGGAAGAUCACGCCAAACGUCCUGUUGGAAGCACAGCACUUCUUUGGUGUGUCCAUGCAGAACAGUGGCGCGAGCAACCUUAUGGCCGGCGUUAAAACCAUGCUUCGAGUUGGACGUCUGUACAACCUGGACCAAGUCACGGUCGUCGUAGGAAGCCUCCCCGACCAAGAAUACAGUCAAUUGAGAGAGUACGUGGGGCAAUGCGAUGACAAAGACUCCCCCAUGGUUUGGUCCUUUGUGUGUUUUGACUGCCGCGACGAACGUGUCUCCGACAUUCUCAAACGACUGACCGAAAUUAAUUCAUCCACCUUCUAUUUGCAUUGCUACACACCUCAAAGCAAUGAAGGCAUCCGACGUAGUAAUGAAAUUCAACUGCUGGAAUGUGAGUUAUCGGAAGCAAAGUGUUUGGCGGAGGUCGUGGGGAAAUUUCGCCUGGAACUUGAAAGAGGGCAGACGGAUUCCAUGGGAGAAGUGCUUGGGGUCCCCGUGCUGCCGCCUGAAGACGUGGACGAACUGGUACUCUGUCUGAUCCAAGGUGGCACGUUUCGCCCGGAAACGUCCAAGUGUUGGCUUAGCCGGCACGGUUUGAGGGCGAAAAAACUUGACUUUUUCCAGAUGCUGACACCGCACGCCUACCCACAAACAUCGAUAUUUGUGGACUCAAUCGGAAGGGAGGUCACGGGAAAGGUAUACGCAGACACCAUGAUUCAAGUGGAGUGGCCUAACGGAACCACGAAAAACGUCUACCUGAAGCUGCCUAUUCUCUACGACUACCAGAAAAAGCUCACAGAACAUAUCACUCUGCUAGAGAAACGAAUUUCAUGGUUAAAACUCGGCAGCCGCAAGGUUUUCGGUAGUCUUGUGGAAGAGCAUGUUGUUGUCCUCGUGGAUCUGUCAGCUGACAAUGCCCCAGUUCUGGCGCAGAUCAAGGCCUUUCUGAAACAACUCCUGGAGCACCAGAUUUCCAAGUUUGUCCGAUUUUUCAACAUAAUCGCUGUCGGAGGAGAGGUCGAGCCGUUGUUUAAAUCCCUCUCCAAGGUCACAGCCCAGAGUCUGCAAGAGGCCUGGAAAUGGGUGCUGGCGAAGGGCACGGCGGGAACUCGAAAUGUGAUGGCUGCUUUGCGCCUUGUAAAUGACAUGUUGAACAGCACUCAGUUUCCCUCGGUGGGAUUGUACCUCCUCACCACCGGUUCUCCAAAUCAGGAAACCGCUCAACUAACGGAGUAUUUGGAGCACUUGAAUGUCAAAAUCAGCUGCUCGCUGCACGUGGCAUUCUUUGUUCCCGAUUUCAAAUGCGAAAAUGAUGCCGUCGAAGCAAAAAUCGCAGAAUCCUUGAGCACAAUCGCGCACUCAACCGGCGGGAGAUUUCAUUGGUUCACGGCGCACUGCUUGAAAACCAGCGAUGAUGUUGACUUACUUAUGGCAGAACUUGCAUCAUCCCUUCGAUUCUCCGACGAAAACAACAAACUUAUCGCCAGACUCCAACAAACGACACGAAAAGAAGGGAUUAGUUUCCCAUGUUCAGCCUCAGAAUGCGGCUGCGAAGAGCUUCGUAAACCGAGGACUCAAAGAAGACACUCUAUCGAUUUUACGACUGUCCCAACGACGGCGUUAGUUGAGGGGAGGAAGAAAUCGAUAAGAGAUCGAAAUGCCCUUUGUGCACAAAACGCCACAAAACCCAAGGUUAAGACUAAAACCAAGAGUUUUUCAGAGACAGGGCUGACGCGAAUCCCGUCAUUGAAUAUUCAAUUACCAAUUAAAGAAGAGACGAUCUCCAGCAAAGCGUGGAUUCGUAAGUACGGGUUGAAGUCGAUGAGAUUGAGACUGAACAAGCUUGUCAGUGGAACGCGGUGUUGCCACCCGACUCUCCAAAACGCAACCCAGACAUACUCUUCUGCGUUGUUCCCUUCAGUUGAACCCAAAGAGCAACUGCAACACCACCACCAUUCCACGCCGCUGGAACUGCGUAAUCUAAUACAAUCGGUCAACAUCCUGAUGCAUCGACUCACACAACGUCUAAAUUGGCUUCUCUUGAGUCCGAACGCUGAGCUUGGUGUAGUGACGGAGAGGUGUGCAAUUCUGGUUGUUGACAUAUCCGGCUCCAUGGCACCACAACUACCGAGGCUAAAACAACGCAUCAGCACAGUCAUUGAACGGCAAAUCUGCAAACGACACCUGGUUUUCAAUGUGAUCGCUUUUAAUGACAAAAUAUUGGUCUGGUCGGCGUCAGGACCGAUCAAGGCUACGAAGACGGCGAGUGCAGAGGCCAUCAGUUGGGUGGAGUCGUUGAGAGCGUGGAGCGGGACGAACACUCUAGAUGCAAUGCUGGAAGCCCUGGAACAGGCAGCCAUAAUUGCCAGACGGCGGUCGGUGGGCAUCUACCUCAUCACCGAUGGCUGUCCGGACACAAGUUUGGCCAGAACUAAGGAAACGAUUAUCCAAAAGUACCGCGAAAUCAAAGCACCGCAUCCAAUCACUGUGAACACGAUCCUGUGUGGCGCAAAACGCGACCAUCUUGAGGAAUUUCUGCGAACACUGUCGAGGUUUACGAAAGGUCGCUUUCACAGUGCCGACGAAGAGCGGCAAACGGUUUCGUGCACCGGCGACUUAGCGUGGGCAGCCAGUCAAUCGGAUGACACGGGCAUCAUUGUGAAAGAGAUUAAGAAGUGUCAGCAGCUACUGCUCCGAGCACAUUUCUAUCAGUCAAUCCCAACAAUUCGCGAAGGACAGUAA